AUGCUCCUCCCUCUCUUUUCAGCCACCUCGGAGUGGAUCCAGUUCUUCAAAGAUGCUGGGAUCCCUGCUGGUCUGGCUGUCAACUACGCCGUGUCUUUUGUGGACAACAGGUAAUAAAGGCCGUCUUAACUCCUUGGCCUGGAACAGUUCACUACAAAAUGAAAAAUUGUCAGACAUUUUCAUUUUAUUAUUGGUCCCGUGUAGCUCAUUUGGUAGAGCAUGGCACUUGCAAUGCCAGGGCUGUGGGUUUGAUUCCCAUGGGGGACCAGAACGAACAAAUAUGAAAAUGUAUGCACUCACUACUGUAAGUCGCUCUGGAUAAGAGCGUCUGCUAAAUUACUAAAAUGUAAAAUGAUUUGUAUUGAAGUCAUGAAUAAUUUCCAUUAAUUUAGAAUACAUUCUCGUCCAUUCUUCUAUUAGUAGGAAUUACAUUUAUCUCGCUCUCCCCCCUCUCUCUCUCAAUCUCUCUGCAGGAUCCAGAAGAACAUGCUGAUGGACCUCAGUAAGGAGAUCAUGAUGGACCUGGGCAUCACUGUCAUCGGUGACAUUAUUGCCAUCCUCAAACAUGCCAAACAGGUCUACCGACAGGUAAGGAGAAGGAUUAUGUAGAGCAUGCUCUUAUUCAGAGCCACUGGGAAUGCCUUGAAGAUCGACCAGUCUAUCGUGAUCGACAGGUUGGUAGACCACCGGUCUAGAGAAAUGAUGGGCUGAAAGAUACCAUCACUUCCUGUUGCGUCAUUAAUUUAAAGAGCUUUCAGCACAUGCUGGGAGCACUUCCUCCAAUGCAGCACUACAAGUCAUGCGAGAGAGAUAUGGUGCUUUGGCUUAAGACUUGCUGUUUUUAAUGCAGUUCUGACAGCAGUUACUCCAGUGCUGCCUCUCUCCCCCCUCCCCUUCCCCUCUCCAGGACAUGUGCAAAAUGGCCACACAGGCCAUAACCUCAGGACAGUCCAGCGUUCAGACCGAACUCCGAAGAACUGCCAACACCCGUGAGUAUUUUGAUUCAAAACAAUGAACCGUUAUGAAUUUCAUACCAGUGAUUUGCCUUCUAUGUAGCGCCUUUCUCAAAGUGCUUAACAGUGUAUGACAAUAAGUCACCCCUUCCACCACCAAUGAGUAGCAGCACCCACUUGGGUAACGCAUGGGAGCCAUUCUGUGCCAGAAUCCUCAGCAUAUGUUUAUAAUCCGCCUGUUUCUCUGCAGCCGCCACACGUAUGAUUGCCAACGCCUUGAGCCGCGACUCACCGCCAAGCACACCAGCCCAUCACCCUGACAACCGGGCAAUCUCUGUGACAGUGUCCAACAAACAGGCCAAGAGUGGUAAAGCAGGUAGCUACCCCCCUCUUCCACUCUGUGUGGACUGGCCUUCUCUCGAAAACUCCCUAGCGUAGAUGUGUCAUAUUGACUCUCUCCGUCUCCCUCCCGCAAUAUCUCACUAUUUUUCUUCUCUGCCUCUUCUCUCUCUCCAUCCUUUCUGUCUGUUUCCCAGUGCUGAGCCGGCCUGCUGACGAGGGGAACGGUCUGCCAGUGAAGCGUCGGCGCGUGACUGCAGAGAUGGAAGGCAAGUACAUCAUCAACAUGCCCAAAGGCACCACGGCACGCACCGCCCGAAUCCUGGCCCAGCAGGCCAAGAAAGGUAGGGCCUUACCUUCUGGCCAGGGUGAACCAAGGAGACUAAUCAUUCAACACCCUUUAAUGCUCAUCCCACUAAUAUUAUGGACUGACGCGUCGAAAGUAAAUGGGGCUUGGAAUGUCUAUCUCUUACCAUGAUAAUAUGAUGGCCCCUAUCCCUCACUAGAACACCCCCCCCCCCCCCCCCCCCCCCCAAACACCAUCCCACUCUUUCUGUGUGUCUCUUUCAAUUUCUGUGUGUGACAGUAUAUUUCUCUUUUCAACUCUGUAUCUCUCUUACCUAUAAAAAGGGAACAAGCGGAUGUCUGUGUUUGAGCGACUUGGAGCCGAGUCCAAGGCAGAUACCACCACGGGUAGCAGCAAGGUGAGCCCUCUCUUUUGACACGUUACAUGGGUGUCUGUGAGUGACGUUGCACGUUAGUUAGGGCAUGGCUUCUGCUCUCAUGGCCCGUCUCUCUCCAGGCCACGGGUGUGUUCAGUCGUCUGGGCCGAGCAGACGGAUCGGAGGAGGAGCAGGGAACAGCAGGAAGGGUUGAUGUAGAUGAGGAGGAGGAGGAGGAGGAGGAGGAGGAUGAUAGUGAUGGAGAAGGUUCGGUCCUACAGUACGCUGGCGUCCUCAAGCGACUCCCACCCUCCCAGAAGAAAGAGCCUGUGGCCCCCAAGCUGGCCACCACCACCCUUCGCCGCCUAGGAGGGAAAUUCAAACCCCCCCCCACUGACUCUCCCUCCUCCUCCUCUUCCUCCACCGAUGGCCUCCCCCCUGCCAAGCUCAGCGUGCUUCAGAGACUGGGCAAGCCCCCUGCCUCCCCAACGCCCGCCGACACCCAGGACAGCCUGGUGACCAGCACCAGAAAUAAGGCCCGGCCAGGCCUGGCCCUGGCCAGCCCCAAGGUCAGCAGCAGCACCAGGGCUGGAGGAGGGGAGAGUUUUGGGGCUCAGAUGGACGUAGGGUCGGUCAAUGUCUUUAAGAGACUGGGCAGCAGGAGGACCUAA